AUGGAGAGGAGUCUCAUCAAAUUUGAUACUAAAAAAUAUCUCUGUAUUGCGUUUGCAUGUUGUGUUGGAAUGAAGUGUGUUCUUUCUUUUCCAAGAAAAAAGACGAGAAAUGUGACUACUUUCAAUAUUGAUUCGUUGUGUUAUCUUCAAACAGAUUACAUCACUCAAUCAAAUAAUUCGUUUCGUGAUGAAAGAACAAUGAGAGGAAGAACAAAAAGAAGAAAAGUUGAAAAAGAAGCUUUAAAAAGCUCUAAAGACAAAAUUGAUAGUAUUCUUGUUGAAAAAAAUAUUAAAAAAGAUUCAAAAACUUUUCUCUCAUUCUUUAAUAAAACCCAAAGUCAAUAUUUAUGUAUUCAGUUAAUCAAUUUACUAGAAAAGAAAAAAGAAAAUCAAAGCAAUGAAAAUCAAAUUACUCUCACUCCAGGUGAAGAUGAUGUAAAACAAUUAGUAAAAGGUGUUAUAGAAUCUAUUAACCCAACUUCUUCCUCUUCUUUUUUUAACAAAGAAUUGCUCUUGAAAUUCUUACAAUGA